GGACCCACCGCUCCUCACUCAGUAUGCGCCUGCCGUCCAUUACUCCUAGACGCAUCGCGGCGGAUCGUCUUUCUCCGUGCUCCGCCUCGCCGGCCUCGUGCGGUCGUGCCCCGCAGCCCCGACUCCCCAUCCGCCGCCUCCACCUCAUGGGCCACCGGGUCCACCCUCGCUGUCCAGCUUGGCGACAUCUUUGACCGUGGUGUCGACGAGCUCCGCCUCCUCGCCCCUUCUGCUGAGGCCCACGUCGGCGUAUUUCUGCCAUAGUCGACAACCAAUAGGAGCGUAAAACUGGAGCUAGGGAUUGCAUUUGUUGCAGGUACAUGUCAUACAUGAAUGGACAUGGGCAGGCACUCCCACUGAGGGUGCUUCUUGGCUUUGUCUGCAGAGGCUUGCUGAUACUUGGCAUAGGAUAUUGUUAAUUCCAGUGACAGGUGGAGUAGUUGUGGGUAUGAUGCAUGGAUUAUUUGAGAACUUUGAGUAGAUAAAGCAAUCAUUAUCAUCUCAAAGGGAGGGUUUGAUUUCAUGGCCGUGAUACCCCCUCCCUCCUUGUCAAAGCCAUCCAAGCCGCAAUUACUUUAGGGACAGGGUGUUCACUUGGGCUAGAAAGAUUCUGUUUUUAUUGCACGACACAUGGCAACAUGUCCAAGUAGUCCUUAACUUGAUUCAUUUAGCUGGUAGUGAGCGUCUUGCUAAAAGUGGCUCCACAGGUGAACUUAGGUGAGUGUUUGGUUACCAUGUAUUUCCAGAUCAAUGACAUACUAAAAUUGUUCUUUGCACAUGUAAAUACAAAAAAGGUACAUGUCUUCCCUGUCGAGCCCCAAAAAUAAAUGACAUGCAACCCAAUAAAUCCUUUUUGUAUUUUUUAUAAGAAAUGACAGAAAAAAUCCUCGGCGUUAAAAUAAGUGAAAGAUUCUAACAACCACUAAUUAUCUUCCAAAAAAUCAAUUAUUAUUUAUGCACCAAGUUGUAACAAUACUAAAACCAUAUUCCUUUCAUCUCAUUUUAUCAGUUUAACACAAUAGUUUUAAUAAGUUCAAUACCACACUGAAAAGAGUGAACCAAUGAUUUGUCAUAGACUACAGGCAUUAGCUCUCUUUUGAUACUAAAUCCAUAUUCCUUUCAUCCUUUGAUCUCAUUUGAUCUGUUUAAUACAUUGAUUUUAGUAUAUUCAACAUCACACUACAAGCAUGGUUAUUUUUUAUAAAGAUGCCUACCAUUUUUUAUCGGUCAGGCAACUUCUCAAAAUUGUUCCAUAACACAAUAUUUACCAAUCUAUACAUCCAUACAUCAUUCAGGAAUGCUAGAUCUUGAUAGCGAGACAACGUUCUUCGGUGUUUUUGAUGGUCAUGGAGGUAAUCACAAUAUGUGCUUUUUAUGUUCCGUUGAAUUAGACUGCCUACGAGGAAUACCAUUAUGCCAAGUAUUUAUAGAACCUAACUUUAACAUUACACAACCUCAUACCAUUGCUUUACUUAAGAAGAGUAGCUGUCAAAUUCUGUACAGAAUACCUGCAUAAUCAAGUUCUCAAAAGUGAAGCCUAUUCAGUUGGUGACCUAGGUCCUACUGUCCUAAUAAAGCUUAAAUAUUUGUUAUAUGUAUACAACAAACACAAAGUUUAUUGUGUAAAUGCUUUGUUGAUAGUGGCUUUCUAAUUGAACAUAUAUCCCUAUAACUGCAUAUAUGUAUUGAGUAUGAUAAUGUUAUCUGCAUUUAAAUGGAUCUGUGGGUAAGACUCAUAUGAAUGAACAGUCGUCCAGAGGCCAUUUUGUAUUUAAAUUAAAUAUAUCCGAAUCUAAUGAGGUAGAAUGGAACAUUCACAAUUAUCAUACCAAGAUCUACUAAAAUAUAGUGUUCCUUAUGCUCUCUUUCAGACUGGCGACAAUCCCUUUUUAGACAAAUAUUUUGCAUGCUAAAUAACUAAUCCUGAGAAAGUAUAGCUCCCAUUUUUUUGGUUGAAGAAAACAGGCCAACCCAGCCAAAGAGUCAUUAACUUGAUUGAUUUUGCUGCAACGAGCGUUUUGCUAAAAGUGGUUACAUAGGUGAUCGCUUGAAGGAAACUCAGGUGAGUGUUUGGUUACCAUAAUUUUUCAAAUUUCUUAGUGAUUCUGGUCAUCAUACAACUUUUUUAUUUGAGGAAACACAAGUUUAGACGGAGUUUUACUGCUUUACUUUGAAGAAAGUGACUUUUGUUCUCAGUGGGCCUAAAGAGAAUACCUGAUUUAAGGCAUUACGCCAUGCCUAGUUGCUAUUUCUGAUUAGUAAUCUCACUAUAGUGUAUGCCAAACAGACGUUUCAUGUCCAAUGUGCAUACCAUACUAUUUCCAGCCUAAUGCUCUAAUUCUAGGACACAACAAACUUCACAUACAUCAUGUCAUGUUCUACUUUGUUAAGACUUAAUAAUAAUCUAUAAAAUAAUUGUUAACAACUGUGAAAUUAGGACAAUUUUAAAAAUAUCGCUAAAUAAAAUCAACUAAUAAUGGUCAGCCAAAACCUGCACUUAUGAUUCUGCUUAAAGUUCUUCCUGUAUCUUUACAUAAAGUUCCAUUUGUGAAAAAAAGAUACAAAUACAAAUUAGUCCAUAAAUGAAAAUAUAUGUAACAACUCAUUAUAUUUUCCAUAAUUCAUCAACAGGUUCAAGGACCCAUGAGUAUCCGAAAUCUUCCCAAAACUAAAUGUUGCCUUCUACCAUCAACAACCUUUGAAGUUCUAGGGUGUUUAUUUUUGUAUGCUCUCUACAAUUAUGUAUAUAUAUAUAUAUGUUUCUUCAUCCUUUUCAAGAAAAUUUGUAUAAAUAUAACAACUUAAUUUCAAACGUUGAAACACGAUAAUUUACCUAACUCUAUUUAGAUGAGUAUAUGUAUAUCUUGCUCAAAAUGUUAUCACUUAUAUUAUAAUUUUUCCCACGCGCGCAAUGCGCGCGCCAGUUACUAGUGUUAAUCAUGUAUGGCCUGUACAUGCCACUGUGCCAGGGCCUAAUUGCUUCCAAGCUAAGGACUCGAUCCCGCCCGUGUUGAAAAAUUAAUAGGACCUAAGAUUAAUUUGAUAAUGCAGCACAAAACGAAAAAUCCAGAUCUACUGGCAGAUAAUAUCAACGAUAUUAGAACAGAACAGAUCUGAACUAACUCAACAAGAUUAACUCAUAACAUAAGAAUCGACAACGGAUCUAACCAUAAGACCGUCAUCGCAAUAAUCUGAAACCGCAGAUUUACUCACAGUGAUUUCCACGAGUGUUGAAGAAGAGCCCGAGCGGACGUGCAUGAAGCACUUCCCAGAAACCUGAUUCGCCGGCACUCGUGCAGGUCAUCAAAACGCCGACAGUGGUUUAGAGACAUCGCUCUCCCUUGAUCUGCUGCACGGCAGACGAAGGGACGACAGGGCAGAGAAGCGACGACACAGAGAAUUGAAAAGAAGAGGAUGAGUCUGUUGCUAUUCGCCUCUGUCCUCCGACCGAAGGACACCUGCCCUUUAUAGACGGGCCGCAACAACCCCUUGAUUCGAUUUGCUAUAUUGCAGGAACCGCCCCCUGAAAUAUCUCUACGUGCAACCGCUUGGAGAUCUCGCACGUAACGUGCGUGCCCGUUACUCCUGGUUGAUGUGGCAGUCUAGGUGUGAUAUUUGAUAACCAAAUAAACAAAAGGCAAAAAUUAAACUGUCGUUUAGAACAUGUCAUGACGCGAUCACUCAGUGUCACAAGUCACAUGUCACACGAUAAAUAACACGAAAAAACGUGAAACGCGAGCAAGCUCGCGCGUGUGGCAGCCUCCAUAGCCCUUUAAAUGAUAUGGUUUGUGUGUAGAUUUGACCGGCGGAAGCAAAAGAAGAUAACAGACUUUCGUCAACAUCAUCUGGAAUUUAUUGAAGAGUGGGAUUUGGCUGAGGAGAAUGUGCAUGAAAACGAUGAGUUGCACAACAACAGUGACUACAGGCGGUACCAAGCUUGGUACCAGGGUGCGACUCAUUGUAAGCUUCGCCAGCAGUGGACAUCGGAUGACUACGCCGACAUUGAUUCUUCCGACGAUGAAGACACGGAGUACGACCAGACCACUAGACUAGGAACCCAAGUGGAGGCGGCACCUAUCUUGGAUCGAGUGGGUAACACAUUGAGACGCUCGGUACAGGACAUUGAUCGCCAGCUUUUGAUUGUGGGUGACCACAACAUGCGUAGCUUCUUGGAGCGUUUAUCUAGGCGCCUACGUGGAGCUGCUGCUCGCUGUGGCUGCAGGACCAAUGUUGCACAUUACGUUCAUGUACCGUUGUAUAGCCACACAACAAUGCCAUCUAUAAGAUUGGACGUUGGCUUGGACUAUGAUCAGAAUGAGAUCAGACCUUCACAGGUUCAGGGGCCUUGUCAAAAAGCCAUACGAUGGUACUUGAACGGUCCACGUAGAUUGUCAAAAAAAAAUUUAUGUGUGAUAUCCGGCUACAGAGCAGCUCCUAGAGAGAUCUACAGCUUAGCUACAGCAUGUCAAGUUGCUGGAAACGUCCAUGGACUCAUUAAAAAAUACGAAUAGCGGAAGAGCCGCUUGUGUUUCGUCCUUGGGCUCAUUAAAAAAAGAGCCGCUUGUGUUUCUUCAUGUACACAACUUGGUGUAAAGGGGCUAAAGUUUUAGAAUUAUGAUGCACAUGAAAUCUUCUGAGAACUAACUGUAACAUGUUAAGAUUCUGAAGUUUUUAGGAGGAAAGGCUUUAGGAGGAAAGGCUUUAUAUUACUAUAUAUACGCUUGUGCAAAGCAAGGUAGAAAAAUACUUUUA